CAUACUGCGCAUGCGCAUAUCAACCUCCCUUGAAUAUUUUAACCAUUGCCAUGUAGAGCUCUUUGGCAUUUUUAGCUUAAUCAGCUACAGUUUUGAUUUAUUUCCAGGUAUAAAAAAAUGUCCGAACUUCUAGCUAGUGUAUCGUGUUCUCCGCAGUGUGCGGAAACAGACAAAACCAAAAAUACAGACGAUAUCAAUCCAGAAACAGUACAAAACACUAACACCAAUAUUUCUCAGGUUGAAGAAGGGUCUCAGAGCGACAGUGAUCUUCUCAAAGGCCUGUUGACAGAUAACUUCUGUCACAUCUGUGAAGCAACCCUGCUUUAUGAGUCCCAGAGAGUUUCUCAUUAUGAGGGGAAAAAACAUGCACAAAGAGUCAGAAUGUACCUGCAGAACAAGAAAGCUAAAAUAAAUAAGCCACGCCAAGAUUGUGGAGGCGUUUUGAGAGGUCUGUGUGCACAGAAGUUCUGCGAGCUGUGCAACAUGGUAUUCAGCUCUCCAACUGUGGCCAAGUCGCACUAUGAGGGCAAAGUUCAUGCCAAGAACAUGAGAAAAACAAUUCCUUCUCCACCUGAAGCGCCCGUCCUAGAAUCCACAACUCCUGGUGUCCUCCCAUCAGAGGCUGCUGUGCUGAAUCAGAUCAGUCAGGAGCAGUACACUUCUGGCUCGGGCGAUCAAGAGGUGGAUCAUAGUGACCCCAACAAGUAUUGUACGCUGUGCAGCGCUUCCUUUAACAAUCCUCUGGUCGCACAGCAGCACUACAUCGGCCGGAAGCAUCAGCGGAACAAGACCCGGCAAGAGAUGCUGGACCAGAUGGGGGAACAGUCAGAACAUGCGAGCUCCCUGACUUGCCCGAUUUGCUGUCUGACGCUCAGCUCAAUAGAGAUGUACCAAGCACACAUGCAGGGAAACAAACACAUUGUCAAGGAGAAGAAAGUCAUGGAACUGUGCAAAUCUCAGAAGAAAGUGUACGACUCCUUCCAGGAUGAGCUGGCUGACUACAUUCAGGUGCAGAAGGCCCGGGGACUAGAUCCCAAAGCAGGGCCGGGUACCAUGGGACAAGCAAACAAGGAUCUGGAAGAGAGUGUGAAAGAAGGUCCACAGAACGCAGAAGAGAUGCCUCAUCCUGGCAAGCUGGUACCAUGUUUCCCACCCCCUGGUUUCCCUCAACCUCACUGGCACCCACACUUCCAGUCUCAGGUCAAUCAAUUUGGCUUUGGCAUGAGAGGCCCUGUCCCACACUAUCGGCCGGGGUAUAUGCCCCAUAUCCGUCCUCCUUUCACACCUGGUCACCUGUGUAAAAGAGGAAAGAGCCCCGAAUCAUUUAGCUCCUCCUCUUUUUCAGACUCCUCCUCCUACACUAGCAACAGUAGUGACAGCAGCAGCAGUUACAACAGCAAAGAGCUGAAGAAACAGAAGAGGAAGAUGAAAAUGCGAAGGAAGAGCAGAAGAGACCAGGAGGAAGAGUCGGAUACGGAACCAAGUGAAAGGAAAAAGAGGCAUAAAGGAGACAGGAGAGGAAGUGCAGAAAGAGAAGAUGAAAGAAAGAAAUGGAAGGAGAGAAAAAAAAGAGAGAGGAGCUCUAGUGAAGACGAGGAAAGCAGAAGUAAAAGAAGAGCAAGCAAGAAAAGUAGGAGGCACGGGGAUGGACAGUAUGCAAAGAGACGAAAAGUAGAGGAACUCUUGGUCAAACAAGAGAUUGAAGUGCACGAGGAACCACAGGGAAAGAUGGAGGAGCACGUAGAGGUCAGGACAGAAGCAAAAGAUGGCAAACACAAACACAAAAAAGAAAGGAAAAAAGGAAAAGAGAAGACGAAUCAAGAAGACAACAGGACAGAGGAGGAAAGGCUCUGGGAUGAGACGAUUCUUGGUGUUUCUUAGACUUUUUUUUUUUUUUUUUUUUCUAAUGAUGGUAUUGUUCUUAUUAAACUGCACGGGACCUCAGAAAAGCGUUUUUCUGAAAUCCUCUAGGCUCCUCUCACUAUUUAUGCAUUCUGAAGAACUAUGAAGGCCUAAAUUCCUCUCUAAAUUCCUUAUUAAAGAUUCAAAAGUGAAACUUUUGUCAUCAUUUACUUAUCAUUUCAAACCCUUAGGACUUUUAUGGAACACAAAAGUAGAUGUUUUCAAGAAUGUUCAUGCUGCUGUUUUGCAAUUAAGUGAAUGUGAAUAGAGGCUGUCAUUCUCCAAAAAAAGCAGAAGUCAAUACAACUUGAGCACUAUAUUUUAAUUGUUUUGAUUUUUGAUGAGGUACAGAUCAAAAUAGAUUCAAAAUAAUAUUGAUGCCUGAAAUUGGACAUUUUCAGCCUUGCUGUGUCGUGAGCAGAAAUAUGACAUGCAAGAAACUACAUACAGAGUUGUUAAAAACAACAUUUUUGCCAUUUUUAUAGCUCGACAACAUCCAUUCACUUUCACAGUGUGGAAAAGAGCAACAUGAACAUUAUGCUAAACCUCUCCUUUCGUGUUCCACAGAAGAAAGUCAUGCAGGUUUGGAAUGACAUGAGGGUGAGUAAAUAAUGUGAAAAUGUUCGUUCUUCGAAAGUCUCAGGACUACAGACUUUAGGACGUCUCUAGAGCUGCACUUCACUCUUGUAGAAAUCACUAAC